UGAAAGUGUGCGUUCUGCAGGGACUUCCCUACGUGUUUAAUUUUUACUAGCAGUAACUACUUUAACACGAGCGCUUGAGUGACAAAGUUCUUGAUCGAGUCUCAGGUGCUGCCAAAAAGCAUCGGAGUCAUGAGCCAUUCCACUGCAAAGCCAAAGUGUCCAGCUUGCCAGCAGGAAGUUGUCACAUUUUCAGAAGGGCAGUGUGUUGUGUGCACAUUGUGUUCCAAAGUCAAACGCCGUGUGUAUCGCUUCUGCCGGGAUUGUCAGAGACAGUGGCCACACAACACUUCACCAAGCAGCCUUUGCAAACAGAAAAACUGUGCUCUCCGGGCUGCUCUUCUCUCUGAUGAACGGAUCAGUGACCCCAGCAGUUCAGCAGUGGGAUGCCCCUAUUUCAGGGCGUGUCCGAAGUGCAAUGCCCUGCUCACACACACCGGAGAAGGCUGCCCCAACAUCGCGUGCCCCGAGUGCCAUACAGAAUUCUGCUUCCGUUGUCUUAAGUCAGAUUGCUUUCUCAGAGAGGAAGAUUAUGAUGAUGAUUAUGAUUAUGAUGAUGAUGAUGAUGAUGAAAUCGAAAGCUUGCAUGAGUUGGAAGAAUGUAUUAUAGUAGAUAACAGCCAGAGCCUGGUGGCAUUUAGUUAGUAGAAUCACUCUGAAGA